AUGUCUCUCAAGCAAGAAAUUGAGACCUGGGUACAGGCCCUCGAACAUUUUGAUAACCAGCAGUAUGACCUGGCCCUGCGUGCUUUUGCUGGCAUUGCGGACACCUCCAAGAUCCUCUUCAAUUGUGGAGUCAUCUAUGCAACGUUAGGAGAGCAUGAGAAAGCAGUCCAGUGCUUUCAGAGCGCUGUCAGUCUAGACCAAUAUCUGGCUAUAGCCUACUUUCAGGAAGGAGUAUCCAACUUUCUCCUCGGCGACUUUGAAGAGGCGCUGGCCAAUUUCAACGACACCCUGCUGUAUCUGCGAGGCAACACGUUCAUCGACUAUGAACAACUAGGUCUCAAAUUCCGUUUGUAUUCGUGUGAGGUCUUGUUUAACCGGGGCCUCUGCUACAUCUAUCUACGGCAAAUGGGUCCCGGUAUGCAAGAUCUUGAGUACGCAGCCAAGGAGAAAGUUACGCCGGACCACGACGUCAUCAACGAUGCUAUCAGGGAAAAGGCCGAGGGAUACACCGUAUUUUCAAUUCCCGUAGGUGUGGUGUACCGGCCUAACCAAGCCAAAGUGAAGAACCUCAAGACCAAAGACUACCUAGGAAAGUCGAGAGUAGUUGCCGCCAAUCGACUCAGUACACCCGUCGACAUGGCCCAGACAAGGACCCCGGAUGCCGUACCGUUUGCAACAUCUCAUCUGGUCCAGAAGGGCCUAACAAGCCGCAGCCGGCAACAAUCAGAGCCACCUCUACACCGCAACCUGUUUCCUCCCACACCGCCACCAGACGCUGAUAAAGCCAGUCUCAACAGCUCAUCGGGUACCACCACCGUGGCAGCAGCAGGGCCGGCUCGCCCUAGCCCUGCCCCACCAGAAAAGCCCCGUAUUGGAACGACCCGGACAGCAUCAGAACCCCGAGGGUCGUCUUCCCGACAACAGACCGGUAGAUUUGCUCCCGAGCGUCAGCCAUAUCCUCGAGAAGGCGGUCGUGGUCAUCGGAGGGGCGCGAGCGACACUAGCUUUGCAGCAGCAUCGAACGGCUACGCAGAGGAGGCAUAUGGAACGUCCGGACAUGCUCGUGCAAUGACCCUUUCCAACGGUGGGCGUCCUCCCCUUCAGCAGGAACGAUACAUCGACGAGGAGGAUGAGUACGCCAGUUCCCCCUGCGACGAGGAGGUAUCCCUCGGGGCCGGAUUUGAGAUUAUGGAUGCGCGACAGAGGACGCGGUCACGGAGCCGUGGCCCACCACGGGGGUACUCGCGACGGCCAGAGGUGCGCAAGUUCCGAGUUAAGGUGCAUUCAUUCGAGGAUACGCGGUACAUUAUCAUCGGGCCGAUGAUAGAGUUCGUGGAGUUUGAGACGCGCAUCCGCGAAAAGUUCGGGUUCCGCAUGGCGCUCAAGAUCAAGAUGCAGGAUGAGGGGGAUAUGAUCACGAUGGUGGACCAGGAGGAUCUGGAUCUGCUGCUCAUGGCAUCUCGAGAGAUUGCUGGACGAGAGGGAAGUGAAAUGGGAAAGAUGGAGGUGUUCACUUCGAUCUUUACCUCCACCAACAACACCACGCACCACACAAUGACGGACAUAACCCUCACAUUCAACUCCCUUGUGAAAACAGAUAACCCAAAUGCAUCUACAUCUGCGCGUCCUCUGUCCACCGAAACUGCCGAUGAAUUCCUCAAAGAAGCCUACCGAAUUUCCAUCCGCCCUUCCUACCUGAGCACAGCCACCCAAACCCGGGCCCCAAAACAAGCACCACCUCCCACCCCCAAAGCCGCCCACAGUCACAACCAGUCCGUCGGCCAGAAACCAAAGCCGGAAAUCCUCUCCUCCGCAGAACGCGACAACAUCGACUCGUCCACCUCGCACCUCCUCCGCACCCUCAGCACCUCAAUCACCAAUCUUUCCGCGGCUGAAUCCCUCCGCCAAGAAACGUUCUCCUCCCUCCUCGAUCGGAAGUACGGGCGGCCCAGCGCCAGAGCAACGAAGCUUUUGUUUAAAUGGGCCGGCGGGGCCUCCCUGGCCUCGGGAAACGAUGGAAAUAGCCCCAGAGCGGCGGCGGCGGCGGCGGCGGCGGCGGCAGGGGAGGACGAUGAUGCAGGGAAAUCCACCGAGCAGAUCGCCGAUGAAGGAACGGGGAGGGCGCUCAAGGGCGUGCGGGAAAGCGUUGUUUGGUUUCUGAGCAGGAGGCUCGAGGUGGUUGUUGAGAUGCAGAGGGAUAUGGUUGAGCGGAGGAUUGAGCGGGCAAGGGAGAAGGAGAAGAGUGUGCUUUACAAGGCCUCGACGUUUCCUCUUAAUUCUGGCUCUGCUUCGGGUUCGGGCUCGAUCGCUCCUUCGCAGUCGUCUUCUUCUUCCCCUGGGGACUCGGUGAGUCCCGCAGCGAAUCUCAGUCCUGGACCGAGCUGCGCGACGCUCGAGGAAUCCGAAGUCGCCGCCAUCGAAGCCGAGCUGUCUCCGGAGCAAUUGCAGUUGUUUGCGGAAGAGAACGAUUCCAUGGUUCGGUAUUAUGAGGAUACAUUAGGGAAAGUUCAAAAUGCCGAAAAAUCCCUCCUUGAAAUCUCCUCGCUGCAGCAAACGCUUGUCUCGCAUCUCUCGACCCAAGAAGAAUACAUCACACAGCUUGUAGGCGACGUGGUCAACACGGAGACAAACAUCGGACAGGGAAACAGGGAACUGAAGCGCGCAACCGAGCGGCGCAGUGCAGCGCAGGCGGUGUUUUGGGGGACGGUGGGGUUAUGUACGUGGUUGGUGGUUUGGGAUUUGGUGUUUUAA